UGCCUCUCUUGCCGCUGCUGCUGGCUGGUGCCGCCGCCUGUGGAACUUCCGCGCUCGCGGGAUUCGAAACGCCACAAUGGCUCAGAACGUUCAGAAUGUGACUUUGUCUCUGACGCUGCCCAUCACCUGCCACAUUUGCCUGGGAAAGGUCCGCCAUCCGGUCAUCUGUGUCAACAACCACGUGUUCUGCUCCAUUUGUAUUGAUGUAUGGUUGAAGAACAAUAGUCAGUGUCCGGCUUGUAGGAUCCCUAUCACCCCUGACAAUCCCUGCAAGGAGAUUAUAGGAGGAACAAGUGAAAGUGAGCCUAUAUUUAGUCCUACAGUCAGAAAACAUCUUCGUAAAACCAGACUUGAACUGCUCCACAAAGAAUAUGAGGAUGAAAUAGAAUCCUUGCAGAAAGAAGUGGAAGAGCUAAGAGGUAAAAACCUUAGCUUGGAAGCGCAGCUCAAAACGGUUCUGGAUCCUGGGGCCUUGGGUCUGUGUAACACACAUGAAGAAAGUCAUCGAUCUAUAGAUGAGGCGAGCCGAGCUGGCCCAGAAACUGUAGAAGAAUGGACCAAGAAACUUAAAGCUGCUAAUGAUCUAUAUGAGAAAGUGAAAGAUGAUGUGGAAAAGUUAAAGGAGGUAACAAAUGUUGAUUGUCUCCCUUUAAACACAUGUAAUAGCGAAGUUAUUCCUUAUUUACAAAGCAAUGCAUGGCUAAGUAUGGAAAGCUUGUCUUGUACUGGUUUACCACUUCGAGCUGAAAAUGAGAUUUGUAGCCAAUUCCGUUUGAAAAAACAUAGAACAAAUCAAUUCUUUCAACUUAACAUUUUCUCUCUUCACAUUUCUUGCAGGUUUGGUAGGUUUACGGCAGCUGCGCUUCAGUCCAAAGUAGAGCAGUGUGAACGUGAAACGAACCGUCUGAAAAAAGCACUGGAAAGAAGUGACAAGUACAUAGAAGAACUGGAGGGUCAGCUUACGCAGCUGAAAGGAUCAAGUGGAGAAACCCAAAAUGUGAGUACUGUUAGUGAGAGAGCACUUUUCACAGAUAAUAAAGGAAGUGAAAGCAGUGAAGAAGACAUUGCAUCAUUGAAAAGCCAAGUAGAAAGACUAGAGAAAAAGACUUUAACUACCAGCCAAAGUCCUGAUAAUCUUGAGCAAUUGUCAGGUAAUGGACUCUUAGAUAGUGAUGGCGCUUGCUCAAACUCUGCUAGUCAAGACAGUUCAAAUGGGCCAGUCACACACAGUCGUCCGACAAACAAAGAACUAUUUUCAGGGUGUCAGGAAGUUCUCCUGGAUAUAGCUGCUACAAAUAUGGAUGCCUGCUUAGAACCACAGUGGGAUAAAGGUGAGGAUUGUGCACCAUAUAAAGAUGAAGAACUUUAUGAGCUUCCAGCACCAUGUACACCUUCUUUGUCUCUCAGUUGUCUCCAGUUGAACACCCCUGAUAUCAAAGAGAGUCCUCUCGUAAAACAAGAGAGUACGGGGAAGCCAUCUGCCUUUCUAAGGAAACUGGAGUUUGAUGAUUUUUGUGACACUUCAGAUGAUUGCAACAAAGAUUCUCCAGAACAUAGUGCAAGCCCCUGCAACAGCCAGAAGAAGGUGACUUGUUUUACUUCAGCAAAGCCAGUGUUUUGGAAUAGCUGCUCAACAAACUAUGCUGAGAACUUAGAUUUUGAAGGUUCAGAGCAAAACGCAAUUACUAGUCAUUCAGGAGAGCCAUCGGCAAAGUCCAGCGAUAAGCAUGAACUUCUUUUAUCUAAAAGAUUACAUACUAUCCGCUCUUCAGAAAUGAACCGCACAAGAACGUCCAGUGAAGCAUCCAUGGAUGCUGCUUACCUUGAUAAAAUUUCUGAGCUGGACUCCAUGAUGUCCGAAUCUGACAAUAGCAAGAGUCCCUACUACAACUUUAAGUCCUCUGAGCUUGAGAAUCCUUCAAAGUCAACACAGUGUUCUGAACUCCUGAAUGAAUCAGAUAAGAAGCUGGAAGAAAGGAACAAACAAAACAGUGUAAAAUGUCCUGAAUCAAGUGAGCAAUUGGUAGAUUGGAAACCUGCUACAUUUUCAAUCCUCUCUCCAUCUGGACUAGAGAUGAAUGAACGCUUCCCAUUGUUUUCAGGCCAAAAUUCAGAAACUAGCGAAAUCAAACCUCAGAACUGUUUAUUUCAAAGAGAGUUUUCCCAAAGUUUUCUUUUCAGUAACUCGCAAAGGCUAUUUGAAGAACAAAAGUUGGGUUCCUCUAUUUUUAAGGUGUCAUCUGAGAUUCAUAAUCUUCACAACCAACUUCAGUCUCCUUGGGCUUCUUCCUUUAUUCCUGAAAAGAAACAUAAGAGUGUCAAUCAGUCGACCAAAAGAAAAAUUCAAAGCAGCCUUUCUAGUGCUAGUCCCUCAAAAACUACUAAAAACUAACUCUUGUUGAAUUGAAGUUAGUAGUCUUAGUGCCAACAUGGGAACAUUUAAAAAUGCCCAAGUGAACUUGAUUUCUGGUGAGUUCCAUGUGACCUGAUUCUGUCUCUUUUGAAAGCUGAAUGUUCUCUCAGCACCUCAAAUUGUUUCACUUAGAGAAGAACCAUUCAGAGCUUUCUUCUUUGAUAGAAGGUUUUGUUUUGUAAAUUCUUACUUUUUUUUUUUUUUUUUUUUUUUUAAAUUGUCAGGUUAUGUGAAGUUCUCUUUGAGCAGCAGUUAUGUCCUCCUUGAAUAUGACCAAUUUUAAAUGUUCUUGUUAAGCCAGCCCUUUAUAUGGGAAAGAACUUGCUUUUAAAAGUUUAAUUUCCUAUGCUACACGGUGAUAAUUCUUGUAACGCUGCUACUGGUAAUAAUUGUUCACUUGCCAUAAAACACUGUAAAUUCUUGUUGUAAAACUUUACUUCCUGAGGAAACUGCUACUGCUGCUUAGACCUAUUUGCAUGGCACUAUUCUAUACUGAAACUGUAGUUAAAGUGUGUAUAUAAUGUAGCAGCCUCUCUCGUUUCAGUGUUUCAGCAUUUCAGUUAGAAAACCUCUCAUCUUCCUUAAGACUGAAAACAUGGCUUUUUUU